AUGUCUUUCGCUCGCCAGAUGUUUGGCCAAGUGCAGCGUCGAGCUUUCUCGGCGUCUGCUAGGACUAACUCCAAGGUCGCUGUCCUUGGUGCUGCAGGUGGCAUCGGCCAGCCUCUGUCGCUCUUGAUGAAGCUCAACCCCCGUGUUUCUCAGCUCGCGCUAUACGACAUCCGUCUAGGACCAGGUGUUGCCGCCGACAUCAGCCACAUCAACACCAAGUCUACCGUCAAGGGAUACGAUCCAACCCCGUCCGGCCUCCGCGAGUGUCUGCAGGGUGCGGAGAUUGUCCUCAUCCCGGCCGGUGUCCCCCGCAAGCCUGGCAUGACCCGAGACGAUCUCUUCAACACCAAUGCUAGCAUCGUCCGUGACCUCGCCAAGGCCGUCGCAGACGCCUCUCCCGAUGCGAACGUGCUGGUCAUUUCGAACCCCGUCAACUCGACGGUCCCCAUCUGCGCCGAGAUCUUCAAGAGCAAGGGAACCUAUAACCCCAAGCGCCUCUUCGGUGUCACCACUCUCGAUGUCGUCCGUGCCUCCCGCUUCGUGUCUGAGAUCAAGCAGACCGACCCCGCCAAUGAGAAUAUCACCGUGGUUGGUGGUCACUCCGGUGUCACCAUCGUGCCCUUGAUCUCCCAGUCCGGCCACACCGACAUAACCGGCGAGAAGCUCGACAACCUGGUCAACCGCAUCCAGUUCGGUGGUGACGAGGUCGUCAAGGCCAAGGACGGCGCUGGCUCAGCCACCCUCUCUAUGGCCAUGGCUGGUGCCCGCUUCGCCGAGUCUCUUCUCCGUGCCGCUCAGGGUGAGAAGGGUGUCACUGAGCCUACUUUCGUCGAUUCUCCUCUGUACAAGGACCAGGGCGUUGACUUCUUCGCUUCUCAGGUCGAGCUCGGCCCCAACGGUGUCGAGAAGAUCAACCCUGUUGGCAAGCUCACCCCUCAUGAGGAGCAGCUUCUGCAGGCCUGCUUGGGCGACCUGAAGAAGAACAUUCAGAAGGGUGUUGACUUUGUCAAGGCUAACCCAUAA